UCCCAGAAGUAAGUGGCCAUUUCUGCACUGCUCACCAAUCCCACAUCAGCAGGGUGGAACAACCUUGUUCCCGCUCCUGAGAGCCGCAAAGGCGCCAAGACUGUACUCCGGCCUCAUUCAUCAUCAUCAUCUGUAAUAGACUUCUCAUUUGGUCACAGUACUAAAUUCUACAUAACAAACAGAAACAGCAGCGUGUCCCAUUGACACAUCAGAGACGCGGAAGGGCAGAAACCCAAAGCUUUGGUGAUUUUCAGAAAGGAAACAGUUAACCCAAAAGAGGCAUUCGAAUCAUAACUUACUGCUACACCGGGAUCUCUGCUGUGGGCUGCUAUAACAAGUGUGAGCCUCAGCAGCUGGCACAGCUGCCACUUUCACAUCUCGGUGGCAAUAAAACAGGAUAAGGUAGAGGCAGGUAGUCGAUCAAUCCCGGGCUGCUGUGAUGUACAGAAUACCAACAGGUCUCAGUAUCAGAAAGAUCGAAUCCCUCCCACUCUUACCCAGGACCGGUCAUCACCCAAACUAUUAGGAAGCAUUUAGUAACCCAUUUAAUCUGUAGUGGUGUCCAGUAACGUGAUCUAGUUUAUUAGCCCAGUGAUCAAAUCCUGCCUUAGGAUGUUGAAUCGUGCCUUUGUAUACUGCGGAUAGGGAGAAACAGCUAAUGGAGUUUGAUUCCGGCCACUGAGCUCUAGAACAGUCAGCAUUUAAUACUACAGAGUGCAAGACAGCGUCGGAAACUGUUACUAACCCCGAGAUACACUUUUUUUCACUUGCAGUCGGCCGCACAGCCCAUCAGUGGUGUGGUUCUCUUAAUACUGGGAUUGCAGAUACGGGACAUCAGUGAGAGGCUGUCCGAAACAGAAGAAGCUUGACAAGGACCAGGGGUUUGACCGUUAGACGGACCAACUGUUUGUUGGAUUACUCAGUUGCCAAAAUGUCACAAUCUUCUCAGGCCGAUGAAGGGUCUACAUUUGAACACCUGUGGAGCAGCUUGGAACCUGAUAGCACCUACUUUGAUCUGCCACAGUCGAACCACUCAGGAAGUAAUGGAGGGCACACUGGCUUGUCAUCAAGCCGCACAGAAGUAUGCAUGGACGUCUUUCAUAUGCGAGGCAUAACUGACCCCUCCAUGUCCCAGUUUAAUUUGCUCAACAAUACAAUGGAUCAGAGUAUCAGCAGCAGAGCAGCCUCAACCAGCCCUUACAGCUCAGAGCACGCUUCGAAUGUCCCAACGCAUUCACCUUACUCACAGCCUAGCUCCACAUUCGAUGCAAUGUCACCAGCUCCUGCAAUCCCCUCCAACACAGACUAUCCUGGGCCCCAUAACUUCGAAGUGACAUUUCAACAAUCCAGUACAGCCAAGUCAGCCACCUGGACAUAUUCCCCACUCCUGAAGAAGUUGUAUUGCCAGAUUGCCAAGACGUGUCCAAUCCAGGUCAAGAUCUCCACACCACCCCCACCUGGUAGUGUUAUCCGUGCCAUGCCAGUCUUCAAGAAGGCAGAACAUGUAACAGAAGUUGUCAAGCGUUGUCCCAAUCAUGAACUUGGGAGAGAUUUCAAUGAUGAUGUAGAUUCACAUGUACUAUCUUCACCUGAUCAGACAAAGCUACUAAGCAUAACAAAAGGUCAGUCUGCUCCAGCAAGCCAUCUUAUCAGAGUAGAAGGGAAUAACCUUGCUCAGUAUGUGGAUGACCCUGUAACUGGGAGACAAAGUGUCAUGGUGCCAUAUGAACCUCCACAGCAGGUUGGAACUGAAUUUACUACAAUACUUUACAACUUCAUGUGCAACAGCAGCUGUGUGGGUGGAAUGAACCGACGACCAAUACUUAUCAUCAUCACACUGGAGACAAGAGAUGGUCAGAUCCUAGGUCGAAGGUCAUUUGAAGGUCGAAUAUGUGCCUGCCCUGGUAGAGACAGAAAAGCAGAUGAAGAUCAUUUUCGAGAGCAGCAAGCCAUCAAUGAAAAUGCAGCAAAAAAUGGCAGCAACAACAAACGAGCUUUCAAACAAAGUCCUCAGGGAAUUUCUGGAUUGGGUUCUAACAUGAAGAAGAGGAGACAUGGUGACGAAGAGAUAUAUUAUGUACCUGUACGAGGACGUGAGAACUUUGAGAUUCUGAUGAAGAUAAAAGAAAGUUUAGAACUGGUUGAGUUAGUUCCACAGCAGCUCGUAGACUCGUAUCGACAACAGCAGCAGCAGCUUCUUCAAAGACAAUCACAUUUGCCAUCUUCCUCAUCUUAUGGCCCAGUCUUGUCACCUAUGAAUAAAGUCCAUGGAGGCAUCAGCAAGCUACCUUCUGUCAACCAUUUGGUAGGACAGUCGUCACAGCACAAUGCAAAUUCACCAGCAAACCUAGGAUCUAUGGGGCCUGGAAUGCUGAACAGCCACCACAUACAACAGAAUGGAGAAAUGAACGGUGGGCAUUCAUCACAGUCAAUGGUAUCGGCACCUCACUGUACACCACCUCCACCAUACAAUCCUGACCCUGGCCUCAUCAGUUUUUUAUCAAGCCUGGGCUGUUCGAAUUGCCUAGAGUUUUUCACGUCUCAAGGGCUACAGAAUCUUUACCAGUUACAGAACCUAACCAUUGAGGACCUGGGAGCUUUAAAAAUUCCUGAGCAAUUUCGAGUCAUCAUAUGGAGAGGUUUGCAGGAUUUAAAACAGGGGCAUGACUAUGGCCCACAGCCACUGAUUCGUUCCAGUAGUAAUGCUUCUACUAUAGCCAUAGGCACAGCUGGUGAGCUCCAGCGUCAAAGAGUUAUGGAGGCAGUGCAUUUUCGUGUCCGCCACACUAUCACUAUCCCAAACCGAAGCAACAAUUCUGAUGACUGGGCUGAUUUUGGUUUUGACUUGCCCGACUGCAAGUCCAGAAAGCAGUCCAUAAAGGAGGAGUUUACAGAUAGCGACAUCAAUUAAUCAUGUGAUAACAGGAGGCAGAUAAGGAACACUGAGAUCAAAUUCUUGUGACUGGAGCAAUGGGUGGUGGGACCCACAACUUUGCAUGUGUCUGAAACAGACGUGUCUGAUAAAGACUCAGAAACAGGAGGGCUUUGGUUGAACAUGGGUCCUUCUGCUGCAGUGCGUCCCCCUUCACUCUGCUAAAAGGAAGAGUUGUCAUUAAAGCACUUCCACUGGUUUGCCAACUGCUGUUCAGCUUCACUCACUAAAGAAUUUCAGGUAAGGGGGCUGACAUGGAAUCCAAAGGGAAAGGUUUAUGUAGCUGCCACACCCAACAGGAAAGGAUAUGAACCAUUUUUAAACUGGAAGAAUGCAAUCAGAACACUUUUAUUUGGUGACAUUUGGCAAUGCUGCCUCUACAACCAAGCAUAUUCCAGCUUUGGAAAAGGAGCCUGAAUUCUGACACUAGAAUUUCAUGCAAAUGUUAAAGUGUAGUGAAUACUGAAUAUUUUCUUCACAAUAGGUGAACGCAAUCUUACUACAACACUAUUUGACGACUCCACUAAAUUCUAGCAUUUUGUAAGUACGGGUCAGCCACCUUAACUUCCCAUCAAAAAGUGAUUUUUCCUUUCCCUGCAUUAACCUCCACUAUCAACUCAC